CCUAGAGCCAUGCUGUUGCCAUGACACCAACAUACGCGCCAACAGGAAAAAACAAAGCAAUUUUCGAUUUAAAAUAACGGUAAAAACGAACCGUUUUUUACAUUUUUCGCUCAAAAUUUAGCUAAACAUGCCGGUUGGUCAAGCGACCAAGAUAGAGGUGUUUGGAUUGCUGCAAAACGAGUCGUUCCAUAUCGCGAAAUGUUGCGCAGAAGACUUGAAACUGAAGUAUGGGGAUAAAUUUGAGGAGCCAGCAAUAAAAUCGAUGCUGGAAUGUGAAUGGGACCGAUAUGUUGAAAGCAAGAAAAUUGAGUUAAAAGGUGAGUUAUGGUCUUACAUGGACCCGGUCAUCUGUUUUGUGAAUGGGAACUUUAUUGGGAACCACAAAGAGUUACUACAAUGGGCGCAUGAUGAUUACAGUUAUGAAGAUUUUAGACCGGAGACUCUUUACUCUGCGAUGGCUACGGAGGCCUAUAAAGAUUAUUUCCUUCAGAGCAAAAAUGAAUUCGUUUUCAUGGACAUCUCCGUAGACGGCGAGAAAUCGGGUCGAUUGCUUUUUGAGCUCUUCAGUGAAGUCUGCCCGAAGACUUGCCAGAACUUCAAGUCCCUUUGUACUGGUGAAUGUGGUAGCUUACCAAGUGGGUUGCAUUUGAACUACAGUGGAUCACCUGUGCAUAGGAUUGUUCCUAAUGGCUGGAUACAAGGAGGGGACAUCUUACAUGGUCGGGGUGAUGGAGGAGAAUCAAUAUUUGGUGAGGUAUUUGAGGAUGAGAACUUUGCUAUCAAGCAUCAAACAAGGGGGAUGCUGGGUAUGGCUAACAAAGGAAGACACACAGCUGGUUCGCAGUUCUACGUUACGUUACAGCCAGCCCCAUGGAUGGAUUGCCAGUAUGUUGCGUUUGGAACACUAAUAGAAGGGACUGAACUCCUGAAAACCCUCGAAGAUCUUCCAACUUUUAACGAACGACCGAAAGUAGAUUGCCGUGUUGCUGGGUGUGGACAUUAUGUGCCUGGAAACUAACUUUGCUCUCUGUUGUUGAUUGUUUUGUAAUAAAUCCCAAAUAAAUAAAUGUAACUU